AUGCGGUCUUGUCAAAUUCCCUUCCUAGCUCUCUUGACAGGAGUCGCUUCAAUGCCUCAUGAAGGAUUGAGGGAGCGAGAUGAACCCCAGCUGUUUUGUGGAUUCCAAGCCCCAACGGAUAAUGAAGUUGCUACGAUUUCCCGCCUAAAGCAGUUUGAUAAUGAUUAUGCCUUCUCUAAAGAUCAAGGUAUCCUGGAGGUUGCGGAGCCAAUUGUCGUUGAAAUGAACAUUCACGCAGCUCUUCCAAGCGACACUCCUGACGAUUACGCCUCCAAGGAAAUGCUAGAGAAGCAAUUCGACAUCUUGAAAACCACUUUUGCCUCCUACGGGAUAGAGCUCACGCUUGGGACAAUCUCCCGCGAACUCAAUGACAGUAUCUCCAACCUUUCAGGUGGAAAAUACGCUGGCAAGUAUGGUCAGCUAUCCGGUGGCACGCCGGCUCUUGAGGACUACUGGAAGCGCUCCCGCACUGGAGGCUACAAGUCCGCCCACCUAUUUCUCUACCGCCAAAUUGACGAUGGAUUUAUCGGCAUCAGUAGCUUCCCUGAUCUUGAGCGACCCGAAUCGGAGUUCUGGCUAGACUCUGUCCAUCUGGUCUCCCAAGCCCUUCCCGAUUCAUCAGAUACAAUCUGGAACCAGGGGAAGGCAGCAAUCCACGAAUUUGGACAUUGGUUCGGCCUCUGGCACGUUUUCCAGGGCGGAUGCUCAGGCGAGGGUGACAUGGUCGACGACACUCCUGCGCAACAGGCCACUCACUACGGAGAAUGCCCUACGGAUGCAGACACCUGCCCCAGCCUUGAGGGCCUGGAUACCCCCUUCAAUUAUAUGAGCUACGGCGGUGACGCUUGCUUUUCUGGAUUUACUGAUGGGCAGGUGGCCCGCGUGCACAACAUGUUCCAUAACAUUAGGGAGGUGGUGUAA